AUGCCCGGUCGUGGUAGUGAUAAGAGCCUAUCGAAGGCAACUGAUAAAUCAGGUGGUGCAAGUGGUGGUAAAAAGAGUGAUCCGGAGGAAAGUGUGGUAGAGGUGAAUACUACGGAAAGAGCGAAGUCAACCGCGAGGAGAGCGUUGACAGAUGAUAGAUGCCAAGUAUGCGAGGGACCAGAAACCAACCAAAUGGUGCAGUGUGACGAGUGUGAUGUAUGGUGCCACUUCUCUUGUGUAGGUGUCACGCAGCAAGUCGAGGACCAAAGCUGGAUCUGCAUGAAGUGCCAAUCUGCUAAAAUCCAGCAAUCAAUCUUGACUGCAAGCCGGAAUCGUCUACAACCACCAGCUGUUUCGAAGGAAGCUGCAGGCAGCAAACUAUCUGUACACGAUCAGCAGUCCAAUACAGCGGGAGUGAAAACUAAGCCACGUAUUGUUGUUAUUCCUGAGGACGGCUCUACUAAUGCCAAACGUUUAGAGCAAGUAUCAAAAUUGUCCCACCGUUCCUCAAGAUCCAUUCUGAAGCUACAGUUAAUGCAGUUGGAGGAAAAACGAGCCUUCGAAGAGCAGGAAGCAAGGAAGCACCGCGAGUAUAUGAAAGAGAAGUACAAGUUACUGGAACAGAUGACGGAAAAAUCAGUUUCAGGCUCGAGUGUUUCCGAACGUAGAGUGGAGAACUGGGUCGAUAAGGUCAAUAUCGCAAUGGAAGAUCUAGCAUUCGAUCCAGCCGGGCAUUCGACAACUAAUCAUGCCGAUCCUUCCCAUCAGAAGUUCACACACGGAAGGGAAUCAGGCGAGAUUCAUCCGCGACCGGAUAAUCCGAAUAGUACACCUCUAUACGGGUUUAGAACGCCUCCAAUUGCAUCGAGCGCAUGCGAUAAUGCUCCGCCCGUCGCUCCCCCGACCGUUUUACCGAUUGCUCCACCCGGUGCUCGAUCUGUUAUCUUACCCGUGGCUCCAGCUCUGUUUCCGCCUCGUAAAUCAGAUCCCUACCUGUACAGCCAGUCAACUACUCUCCAUGAACUUUCGAAACAGCAAAUUGCUGCUCGCCAGGCGAUACCUAGAGACCUUCCAACCUUUUCCGGUAAUUCCGAGGAAUGGCCUGUUUUUAUCUCGAUGUUCCAUAGUACUACCGCAAUGUGCGGCUAUUCCCACGAAGAGAACAUCAUCCGGCUACAGAAAAGCCUGCGGGGCAAAGCGUACGAUGCAGUUAAUAGCCGUCUCAUGCAUCCGUCGAACGUGCCGGGCGUACUAAAGACGCUACAGAUGCUGUAUGGCCAGCCAGAAGCCAUCGUGCACUCUCUCAUCAGGAAGAUUAGCGCACUUCCAGCUAUAAGAGAGGACAAACCCGAAACACUAGUUGAUUUCGCAGUGAAUGUCCAAAAUUUCUGCGCGACGGUCGAUGCAUGUUCUCUAGAAGAAUACAUGUAUAAUGUAACGCUACUUCACCAACUGGUCAACAAACUGCCACCAUCGAUUAAGCUUGAUUGGGCACGGUAUCGCCAUAAUCUUCCAAGGGUUAAUUUGGCAACGUUUGGAGAGUGGAUGUACUCUCUUGCGGAGGCUGCAAGCACACUAACAAUUCCCCCGUUGGUUCAAGACGUCAAAUCACUGUAUGGAGAAAGCAAGUCAACCAAGAAAACCAACACGUUCCUUCAUUCUCAUUCCGAGCCGCAUACUAUGGAUCACUCGCAGGCUGCGAAUCCAUCUACAUCCAACGUUAAGCCGAAAACGUAUAUCGACACGUGUCCCGUUUGCAAUGGAAGUUGCAAGACUGCAUCUAGCUGCAAUCGCUUCCUCAGUUUCUCCCGGGAUUCAAGAUGGGCUGCGGUGAGGGAAUUCGAGCUCUGCCGCAGAUGUCUCCGCCGACAACAUGGAAAAUGCACUGCCAGACCUUGCGGAAAAGACGGAUGCUCUUACUUCCAUCAUGAGUUGCUACACAACGACAAAAAACCGCAGUUGUACACUAACACUCCAUCACAAGAAUCCUCUCAAUCUCUAAAUGAGGGUUCUGCGGAAGGGUGCAAUACACAUCACUUUGCUCCUAACGCUGUGCUGUUUAAAUAUCUGCCGGUUAUUCUCCAGGGCAAGGAUUCUGCGGUGCAUGUAUAUGCCUUCUUAGACGAAGGAUCCGCAGUAACGCUGCUAGACCAAGAGAUUGCCAAUCAGUUGAAACUGGAGGGAAAUAUUAAUCCAUUGAAUCUCCGUUGGACGGGCGGUACAGAGCGCUACGAAAACAAUUCGCGUACGGUGGACGUAAAGAUUAGUGGAAUCCAAAACGAAGCUAAACAAUACAACCUGUCUGGAGUUCGUACCGUAAAGGAAUUGCUCCUCCCGUAUCAGUCACUCAGCAUGACUGAGAUGACUCACCGUUACACGCACCUCCGGAACUUACCGAUACAAUCGUAUAACAAUAUUCGCCCACAAAUUCUCAUAGGACUGAAACACGCUUCGGUCAGCCUUGUGUUGAAGAGCAAAGAAGGUACAUUAGACCAGCCCAUCGGGGUAAAGACCCGUCUAGGGUGGACCAUCUGUGGUGGAUGUAGCAGCAGCAAUGAUUCCCACUUCGCUCAUUACGCCUUCCACGUUUACGAUUCUAGUAGCCAAGCAGACGAAACUUUGAACCAAACGGUUAAAGACUACUUUGCGUUAGACAGUCUUGGAAUUACGAGGGCAGACGAUACUCUGCUGUCCACCGAGGAUCAACGAGCUCUUUCGCUUCUACAAUCUCGCACCACCUUUAAGGGAAGUCGCUACGAAACCGGCUUAUUGUGGCGCCACGACAACAUUCGUCUGCCAAAUAACAAAGAUAUGGCUCUACGACGAUUCCACUGCCUCGAGAAACGGUUACAAAAAGAUCCUGAGCUGGCAAAGACCCUGCAGGAGAAGAUGUCUGACUACCUUUCUAAAGGCUACGCUCGAAAACUGACGGAGAUGGAAUUGCAUACGGUUUAUUCACGCACUUGGUACCUGCCUGUGUUUCCGGUUAUAAACAUAAAUAAGCCAGGAAAAGUCAGGCUCGUGUGGGAUGCUGCAUCAACGGCCUUUGGCGUAUCUCUCAAUUCUACACUCAUCAAGGGACCUGAUCAACUUCGCUCACUGUUCGCCAUACUCCUUCAAUUUCGUGAACAUCAAAUUGGCCUCACUGGGGACAUCAAAGAAAUGUUCCACCAGGUUCUUAUCAACCCUCUCGAUCAACAAUGCCAGCGUUUCUUGUGGAGGGAUGACAACGGAAUAAUCCAGACCUACGUUAUGAACGUAAUGACGUUUGGCGCAAGCUGCUCCCCUGCUUGUGCACAAUAUGUUAAAAAUAUCAAUGCUGAUAGAUUUGCGGGUGAGCUUCCUGAAGCGGUUGACGUCAUCAAGAAUCGGCAUUACGUUGACGAUGCAAUGCUUAGUAUUGAGACACCAGCGCGUGCCAUCCAGUUAGCUCAGGAAAUCCGACGAAUACACGCUGCGGGCGGCUUUGAAAUACGUAAUUGGGUGAGCAAUAGUCCAGAAGUCCUCGCAACUCUGCAACAAAGUGGAUCUGUAGAAAAGAACCUCGAUUUGUUUACCGGAGCACUAGCUACAGAAAAAGUGUUGGGCAUGUGGUGGUGCACCGCAUCCGACAAAUUCGUAUACCGAAUCGGAUGGCAACGUUACGAUGUAGAUCUUUUGAAAGGUCGAAGACAUCCCACGAAACGGGAAAUGCUACGGGUGCUAAUGUCAAUCUUCGACCCGCUUGGUCUAAUUGCCCAUUUUCUUAUGUUUUUAAAAGUCCUUCUACAGGAAGUUUGGCGAUCAGGGAUACAGUGGGAUGAUGAAAUCAAUGAUUCGCUGUUCGAGAAAUGGUGCCGAUGGUUGAAGAUGUUACCGAAAAUAGAGCAGGUCAGAAUUCCGCGAUGGUACCAUUCCUCAUCGAUUCCGAGCAACUGUGAAGUUCAGCUGCACACUUUCGUAGACGCUGGUGAAAAUGGUUUUGCUGCAGCCACGUUUCUUCGCUUCUCCAACAGCGCAACAGUGGAAUGUUCCCUUGUAGCAGCAAAAACAAGAGUGGCUCCUCUAAAGUUUCAUUCCAUCCCAAGACUUGAAUUGCAGGCAGCAAUCGUAGGAGCACGAUUAGCACGUACGGUCACUCAAUCUCUAGCAAUCUCCAUUCAGCGGCAUGUCUAUUGGACUGACUCACGUGACGUACUCAGUUGGAUUAACUCCGACCAUCGUCGAUUCAGUCAAUUCGUGGCUCAUCGUGUCAGUGAGAUCUUGGAUACCACUGAAGCCAAGGAAUGGUUGUGGGUUCCCACUAAGCAAAACGUGGCAGAUGAUGGAACCAAGUGGGAAACAAAUCCGGAUCUUGGCCCACAUUCCAGGUGGUUCAACGGCCCUGCAUUCCUCUGGAAGCCUGAAUCUGCAUGGCCUGUAGUCUCUUUGAAGAUUUCCGAAACAGAAAACGAGCUGCGGCCUCAUUUGCUUGCGCAUUUUCUAUCUCCCGAACCGGUAGUCGACGUGACACGCUUUGGUAGCUGGAAACGAUUAAUCACUACUGUUGGAUUUUGCUAUCGCUUUCUGACGAACCGUGAAUGUAGAAGAAACAGACAGCCGAAAGUAUCUGGAUCACCCAUAAACCAAGAAUUACGUGCGGCCGAAGCAUUUCUUUUUCGCUUGGCACAACAUGAAGGAUACACAGAAGAAGUCGCCCUUCUAAACGAAACAUCGCAGUCCACCGCUCAAAUAAAUCUGCUCCCAAAAUCUAGUUCAAUAUUCAAGCUGUCCCCAUGGCUAGAUGAUUGCGGCGUCAUGCGUAUGCGUAGUAGGAUCUCUGCCUGCAAUUACGCAACCGAGGAAGCGAAAAAACCAGUAAUCCUCCCACGCUUUCACCACAUCACCACACUGAUCAUUCAACACUACCAUACGAAAUAUCACCACCAAAACCACGAGACCGUUGUAAACGAGCUUCGGCAAAGAUUCGUUAUCCCUCGAAUUCGAACUCAAUUUGCGACAGUGCGAAAGAAUUGUCAAAGCUGCAAAAAUGAAUGCUCGAUUCCACAAGUGCCUUAUAUGGCCGACCUUCCUAUUGAGCGACUGACCGCUUACUCACACCCCUUCACUCACGUCGGGAUUGACUGCUUCGGUCCGAUGGAAAUCGUCGUUGGAAGGAGGUGCGAAAAAAGAUGGGGAAUGAUUGUUACGUGCCUGACAACCCGGGCAAUCCAUAUUGAGCUUCUAUACGCACUCAGCACAAGCUCAUGUAUCAUCGGCCUCGAAAACUUCAUGGCACGACGCGGUAUUCCCAGAACUAUUCGGAGUGACCGUGGUACAAAUUUUAUCGGUGCAAGCCGUGAGUUGAAGAGGCUGAACGAAGCGGUACACUACGACGAGAUACGAAAAGCCUUCGAUUGUACGGAAACUAACUGGAUCUUCAAUCCACCGUUGACACCACACAUGGGUGGUAGCUGGGAGCGGCUCAUCCGCAGCGUCAAAAAGAACCUGUCUGCCGUCUGCUUCUCGAAGAAGCCAUCUGAAGAAGUUCUGCGAAACUUGCUUGUCUUAGUGGAAAACACCAUCAACAACCGCCCCCUAACGCACGUUCCCAUCGAUGAUGACUCGUCCCCAGCGCUAACUCCGAAUCACUUCCUAUUGGGGUCGUCGAACGGAACUAAACCACUUUUGCCUUUGAAUGAUAGUGGAGUCGCACUACGGCAAAACUGGCGUGCGUCCCAGGCGAUGGCUGACCAAUUUUGGAAACGCUGGGUUUCCGACUAUCUUCCAGAGAUAACGAGACGGAUGAAAUGGUUUACUGACGUCAAAGCAAUAGCCCUAGGAGAUAUUGUUGUUAUCGUUGAUAACAAUCUACCAAGAAAUUGUUGGCUGAAAGGCAGAAUCAUCGGAACCUGCCCCAGCAAAGACGGUAGAGUCCGGUCGGCUACAGUCAGGACGAUGAACGGCAUUUACGAACGUCCUGUGGCGAAGUUGGCAGUGUUGGACGUCCGACGCGAGGAAGAGCAUGCCAGCGAAGACGCUGGUGCACCCGGGGGAGUGUUGGCCGACCCUAUUCGACCGACACGCGUCCAACGACCAAUCGACCGAUCAACCGAUCGACUGCCAAACCGAUCGAAAGAAUGA